AUGGAAUUCCUACUUGAUGCGGUCGACAGGUUCCCGGUGCGGGAGGAGUAUGCCGACAAUAUUGAACACCCAGAUCCAAUCCCGCUGAUGUACCUACUGGAUAAGGGUACUGCUAACCCGGAUGUUCACCAAGCGGAUGUUGAUUCUGCGGCAGCUGAGAUGUUCGGAGAUGGUUUGCUCAGCGAGGGGCAGGUGGGCUGCCAACAUAGACGUGAGGAAUCUCCGACAAGGUCUGCCCAAUCGACCGGCAGGGUAAAUCCACAGGCCCCCGGAUGGACUAAAAGGCUCCGUCUCGGGAGUGCGCCACCCGACCGUGUGCCUUGUCCAUCUAGGAUGAGCGCACUGGAGCUAUCAAUGCGCAAAUAUGCCGAGCAACCGGACAAGAGUGUGGUGCAUCCUGAGCUAGGCCUUAGUUUUGAUUCACUUGGUGAGGCGUACGAUUUCUACAACUUGUAUUCCUGGGAAAUUGGAUUCGGAAUAAGAUAUGGAAAGAGCAGGCUGAAUGCUGAGAGGACGAAAACCAUGCAGGAAAUAGUAUGUGGUUGUUCGGUAAACCAGGUGCCGAGAAUAGCAGGUCAUGCAGGUGCGAGUGCCCGGCUCUAA